AAAGAAGACCUUAACAAAGCAUUUAUAGAAAUAGGCACAAGAAUGGUGAGUCUCCAAAUGGCAUCCAUAGUCCUUUUGGCUUUACUAGCUUCGUUUGCUCGCGCAAAUGAUAACAACCCCUUACAAGAUUUUUGUGUUGCCGAUCCCCAAGCUGCAGUGUUUGUGAAUGGGAAGGCUUGCAAGGACCCAAAACUUGUUGAAGCAGAUGAUUUCUACAAGGCUGCUGGGUUUAACACCCCUGAUGGAGGUGUUAAUCUUGCUUCUUUGGGACUGGUAAUAAAGUAUCUAACUGCGGGUGAAUUCCCAGGGCUGAACACCAUGGGGUUGUCAAUCGCUCGUCUAGAUUUUAAACCCAAUGGCCUAAUCCCACCCCACACCCACCCUCGAGCCUCCGAGGUUGUGUUUGUUCUAGAAGGCACUAUUCUCGUUGGCUUUGUCUCUUCAAAUCCACUCAACGGUCAAAAGAAUAAGCUUUACCCCAAAACACUUAACGCUGGCGACGUCUUCAUUUUUCCCAUGGGACUCGUUCACUUCUUCUACAAUAUUGGGCGCACCAAUGCUUUAGUGUUUUCAGCUUUCAGUAGCCAAAAUCCAGGAUAUGUCUCCGUUGCUAAUUCUGUCUUUGGAACUGAGCCGCCAAUUCCAGACGAUGUUCUCGCCAAAGGAUUCCGCCUCAAUAAACUAGUCAUUGACUAUCUUCAUAAACAGAAGUGGGAUCUUAUCUAAUAAUCUGCUUAUCUGCUUCGAUCUGAUCUGCAUGUGCUAUUAUAUAUAUUACUCCGUAUUACUUAAUAUAUAUGAUGUUUGACUUGUAUGCGGUUAGGUUGUAUUAAAUAAUGAAUGGUAUGUAAUAUUAUGUGAUUUCGCUUCCAUUCUAAAUAUUUGUAAUGUCAGUGAUGUAUACUCUUUUAUUAAAUAAAAAGAUCGAAGU